GUAAAGCAGUUGGCAAGCACAUGCACUCUAGUUACAGCGCAUUACAGCCUGCUCUUCUCCAGGAAUUAUAAAAUAGUUUGGCAGCUAUAAAGAGGCACAAAACGGAGAAGCUCCAUGGCUCAGCUAGAGAAGGAAGAGCACAUCCUUAAAGAAGACCUGAAGUUUUACUUUAUGAACCCAUGUGACAAGUACAGAGCGAGGCACCAAAUACCAUGGAAACUGCUUUUGCAAGUGCUGAAGAUAGUAAUGGUGACUACACAGCUUGUCCUGUUUGGGUUGAGCAACCAACUAGUUGUUUCUUAUAAAGAAGAAAGUACAAUGGCUUUCAAACACCUGUUUCUUAAAGGAUAUACUGGCAGAGAUGAGAAUGACGGCACCCAUACUGUGUAUACACAGAAAGAUGUCUAUGACAGCAUAUUUUUUGCUAUUGAACAGUAUCGCCGCCUAAAGGAAAUAUCACUGGGGACAGUUGGCUACGAGCGGGGUGAAAGAAGAGGCCUGAAAGUUUGUAAGCAACAUUACCAUCAAGAUUUAAUCCAUCCAUCCAAUGACACUUUUUACAUAGAUCCUAAUGUUGAAACAGAAUGCUUACAUAUACAACAUGAGGUGCUUGCUUCUCAGCAACCCCACAACAUGUCUGCAAUAAAUUCGACUUUCUUUCAUCUGGAAUUGUACAGGCUCAUUAAAGUGGAAAUCUCCUUUAAAUUGAAAGGAAUUGAUUUGCAGACUAUGAGAGUGCGUGAGUUGCCAGACUGCUAUGUAUUUCACAAUAGGAUUAUCUUUAAUAACCAGGCACACAGUGGCAAAAUCAAAUUAUUUUUUGAAAGCGAGGCUUCUGUUCAAGACUGCAAAGAUUGGCAUAUCUCUGGAUGCACUCAAAAGAACACCCAUUAUAUUUUGCUUUUUGAUGGAUUCGUUAUUUUGACAUGCCUGGCUUCUCUUAUCCUUUGUACAAGGUCAAUUGUUCUUGCCAUCAAGCUGCAAAAAAGAUUUGUGAACUACUUCUUUGAAAGAUACAAACGUUACAUUUGUUCUUCUGACAAGUUAGAGUUCAUAAAUGGUUGGUAUGUUAUGGUGAUCAUAAGUGACUUGAUGACAAUUGUUGGCUCAAUAAUGAAAAUGGAAAUUAAAGCCAAGAAUAUGACUAGCUAUGAUGUUUGCAGCCUUUUACUUGGAACAUCUACCUUACUAGUUUGGGUUGGGGUCAUCCGAUACUUGGGAUACUUUCAAAAAUAUAAUGUUUUGAUAUUAACUAUGCAAGCUUCAUUACCCAAAGUUUUAAGGUUCUGCUGCUGUGCUGGAAUGAUUUACUUUGGGUACAUUUUCUGUGGCUGGAUUGUAUUAGGACCUUACCAUGAAAAGUUUGAAGACCUUAACACAGUUGCUGAAUGCCUUUUUUCCUUAGUCAACGGUGAUGACAUGUUUGCAACAUUCGCAGAGAUUCGGCGGAAAAGUACCCUUGUGUGGUUGUUCAGCAGAGUGUACUUAUAUUCCUUCAUUAGUCUGUUUAUCUACAUGGUUCUAAGUCUAUUCAUUGUGCUUAUAACAGACUCCUAUGAAACAAUUAAGAAAUACCAGCAAAAUGGUUUCCCAUCAACAGACCUCCACGAAUUCCUGCGGGGAAAUGAUACAAUAGCUUGUGCACAGAACAGUGGACAAAAGGCAGAAAAUUCUGUGACCCUUAUCUGCUGCUGUAGAAGACCAGCUGGAGAAGAUGACUUCAUACUAAUUAACUGAGAUGUGGCAGUUCCUGAGACAUAGGCAUUUUGUACUAUAUGCUUUAACUAGGUCACAGUUGGCAAAGUAUAUAUAAUAUAUUUAUUGCAUUGUAUAAAAUAUUUUGUCACAGGGUGGGGCUUUGUACCAGGUGCUUAGAGCAAAUUCUUUACAUUAUAAAGACCUUUUUAAUGUUAUGUUAAAGAUUUGGCACCUUGGGAACACUGUUGAUUCCUCCUUUUUAAAGAAAAAAAAAAUUCUUUCCAUUCUAACCAGAAAAUCUCCUUCUUGGACCAUAUUCCCUAUGACAAUGUUUAAUGAUUCUUUUAAAAUCCUUAAUGCAUCUGUCCAAAAAUCCCUUUUAAUGGGGCCGGCCAAACUGUUUACUGCAUGAUAAAUCAGUUUCCCCUAUAAGCAGCCUCUAGAGCAGUGAUCCCCAACCAGUAGCUCAGGAGCGACAUGUUGCUCUCCCAUUCAUUGGAUGUUGCUCCCGGUGACCUCAAAGCAGGUGUUUCAUUUUUAAAUUCCUGGCUUGAAGGCAAACUUUACUUGCAUAAAAACCAUGUGUACUGCCAAACAGAGCUUCCUGUAGGCUGCCAGUCCUCACAGACCAGUAGCCAAUCAUAGCUCUUAUUUGGCACCCCCAGAAACUCUUUGCAUGUUUAUGUUGCUCUCUAGGUAAAAAAGGUUGGGGACCCCUGCUCUAGAGAUUCAAUUUACAGUAUAAUGCAGCACAUGUGUCUCCUAAGAAAUGUCAGUCUUUUAUAAAAAGGUCUUUGCAACUGUAUUUCACAAAUAAAAUUAAAGGCACUUUAUUAUGAA